AUGGCUCAAUAUUACGUACGUUCAUGUCUUUAUCGUUCAUCAGUUUCAUAUAUGGCUGUAGAUGUUUCAUUAGAAUUUCCUCGCCUUUGUGGUCUAUGUGAUCGAUACGAAGUAUUGAAACAUGUUUAUGGUGAAGAAAAUUUAGCACCUAAAACUUCUACUAUUAAAGCAAAUGAAAACAGGGUAGAUAAUAAUGUUAUCUUAUGUAGAAUUGAUGUAUUGUUGCGACUAAGAUAA